AUGGCAGCAACAAGAUUAAAUGAUGAAAACACAUGGUUUCUGGACAGUGGUUGCACUCAACACAUGACCAGCAAACAAGAAUAUUUUAUGAAGUUGGAAUCUGCCAAACGUAGUGUCAAGUUGACCGAUAAAAUUAAAUUGGAGAUUGUUGGUGGUUCACUCACUAUUAUGAUGGAUGUAAAUGUUGAGCAAUUGGGCAGAGGAACAAAGACUACUGAGAAAGAAAUCAGUAAUGAUGAAGAUGAUGAGCCCAAGAAAGACGAUGAGGGUUCAAGUAAGCAGGCUCUACUUAAGCUUACACAAGAUCAGGGUGGAAAUUAUCUUUUCGAGUUUGAUAGCUUCCCUGACCAUGACCAGUGUCGGGACUUUGUUGCCUCAGCAAUUACAGCUUGUGGAGAAGCAAGGAAGUCUACUUUCGAAAAAUCUAAUGUUCCGCAUGAUGAGCAACUCACUGCAAUAGAAGUGGGGCAUCAGAUUAAAUUACGACAGGAGAAUAGUGAGUUGCAGAAACUCCACAGGCAAUUGGUCAUUGGAGGUAUUCUAUCAGAGGCUGAAUUUUGGGCCGCUAGGAAGAGGCUGCUAGAGCAGAUUGAAACAAGAAGCCAAAACAACGGUACAAAAAAUAUUGUUGUAACUUUUGUCGAGGCUUCUGAAGAUGAGGAGCUUGCAGUUUUCUUGAAGCAAGAUGCUAUGUUAGAAUUUGAAGCUCGGAAAAAGAUGAACAACAUCAAGUUAUAUGUCUGGAGGGUGUUCAUUAUGGAUAACUGUGAGGAGCUUAUGCCUGAGUAUCUUGGAUUUGUGAAGGGUGCUGUGGACUCUGAUGAUUUGUCUCUCAACAUCUCUCGUGAGAUGCUACAACAGAACAAGAUUCUCAAAGUGAUUAGGAAGAACCAUGUGAAGAAAUGUAUUGAAAUGUUCAAUGAAAUUGCUGAGACCAUGGAGGGAUUGAAGCUCGCUGAUAUAUUUACCAAAGAUCUUCCCAAAGAAACUCUUCGUGAACUAUUUGGAGUUACCAGCAAACAUAUCAAGGAGGAGUGUUGA